AUGGUCUCAAAGCUGUAUUUAGGAAGACAAAACAGUUUGCGCCAGACGGUGCCACCAGGAAUCCAAUUGGGACCGCAGGAGCAAUCACGGUUUGCGGAGUUCCAGGCUGGUGCGCAGCAACCUCCGUUGCAUGACGAGCAGGCGUAUUGGGGACCCACACCACGACAAUUGGCGGCAAGACACGUGAUAAACAAGGAGUUGCCAAUCUUUUCUGGUAAUCCGGAGGACUGGCCGCUAUUCAUUAGCUCGUACGUUAACUCUACUCAGACGUGCGGGUUUUCGAACGAGGAAAAUUUGGCGAGGUUGCAACGGUGUUUGAAGGGGCACGCACUUGAAUCGGUGCGGAGUCGACUGUUGCUACCGGCGAGCGUCCCAAAUGUUUUAGCUACGCUGGAGACACUUUAUGGUAGACCGGAAUUGUUGAUCCAUGCGUUGUUGCAGAGGAUCCGAGGGGUACCUGCGCCAAAACAGGAAAGACUAGAUACGCUAAUCGGUUUCGGUAUGGCGGUGCAGAAUUUUUGUGAUCAUCUGGAAGCCGGGAGGCAUGAAGCGCAUCUCAACAAUCCGAUGCUACUGUUCGAGUUGGUAGAGAAGCUUCCAGCACAUAUGAAACUGGACUGGUCGCUAUACAAGCAGCGCUGCGGGGAAGUGAACCUGCGUUCUUUCUCGCAGUAUAUGCAGACGCUCGUGCGAGCGGCAUCCGACGUGACCGUGAACUACGAUCCUAGGCCGCAACCUGUACAGCAGCAGCGAAUAGUGAAGGAGAAGAACGGAAAGGACAAAAACUUCUGCGGAACUCACUCAAUGGAGGAUUCUUCUUUGAUGGCGACGAACAAAGAAGCAUCUGGCGUUACGAUGCGCCCAUCAAGCCCAGCGUGUUUCAUUUGCAAAAACUCGGGGCAUCGGGUAAAAGACUGCUCAGAGUUCGACAAGAAAACGGUCGAUGAACGCUGGGAGACAAUACAGAAACUCGGCUUGUGUCGGCUCUGUCUUGGAGCACACGGAAGGCGCCCCCGCAAGAAUCGCAAGCAAUGCGAUAUCGACGGAUGUCAACGGCGUCACCACCCUUUGCUGCACUCCAAACGGGACACAAAUGAAGCCCAGCAGGCCAGGGAAAACGGAAAGACGCCAGGAAAUGGCUGUAAGAAGUUUGGGAACGACGGAAAUUCGGCGAAGAAUGGGUCCAGGCAAGAAUCGAGUGAAGCUAAGACAAGUAGUUCCAAAGCUGUCACCAACCAUCAUUCCGCUGGGAAGACUACGCUUUUUCGUAUUAUUCCAGUGACUUUGUAUGGGAACAAUCGAUCUGUGUCCGUGUAUGCUUUCUUGGACGACGGCUCGGAGAGAACGCUGAUUGACGAAGAGUUGGUAAAGGACCUUGGGGUUGUAGGAGAUCCGCAACCAUUGUGCUUGCAGUGGACGGCGAACGUGAAGAGGUCAGAAGCUAAUUCUCAACGGGUCGCAUUGGAAAUAGCAGGACGGUCAGGGGCAUCCAAACAUUCUUUGUCGGACGUGCGCACCGUAAGCAAGCUGGACUUACCACGACAAUCCUUGCGGUACGCGGAACUCACAGAAACCUUUCCGUACCUAAAGGGCCUACCGAUCGAUGAUUACGAUCAAGCGGUACCGCGCAUCCUCAUCGGAAACGACAACGCUCACGUUACAUCGACACUCAAGCUACGAGAUGGCCGACCGGGAGAGCCGAUAGCAGCAAAAUCACGUUUGGGAUGGACGGUCUACGGAUCCAACCAGGACAAGUCAGGGGAUAUCGUUCAUAGUUUCCACAUAUGCGAGUGCCAGGAGGCCGAGCAGACCCUACAUGAGCUCGUGGAGAAGUUUUUCUCAGUCGAGAGUCUGGGUAUAAUGGAAGUCGCCCAUCCUGAGUCCGCGGAAACUCAACGAGCAAAUCGGAUCCUGAUGGAAACUACUAAGCGGGUCGGACAGCGAUUCGAAACUGGGCUUCUCUGGAAGUACGAUAGCUUCGAGUUCCCGGACAGCUACCAGAUGGCGGUUCGACGACUGCAGUGUUUGGAAAGGCGUAUGCAGAGGGAAUUACUCAUCGGCGAAAGUGUGAGGAGACAGCUUUCUGAGUAUCAAGCGAAAGGGUACAUACACAAAGCGACCCGGAAGGAGCUCGAUGAUUCAGAUCCACGGCGUACGUGGUACUUACCUUUAGGAGUGGUCAUCAAUCCCAAGAAGCCGUCCAAGGUUCGUAUCUUCUGCGAUGCAGCGGCCAAAGUGGAUGGAGUCGCACUCAACACGAUGCUGUUGAAAGGGCCGGAUCUGCUAAAUACGUUGCUCAAUGUUCUAUACGGUUUCCGGGAGAAACGGGUCGCUCUGUGCGCGGAUCUGAAGGAGAUGUUUCACCAGAUUUGGAUUCGACGAGAAGAUCGACAUGCGCAACGACUGCUUUGGCGAGAUGAUCCUACACAAGCCCCCGAUGUGUAUUUGAUGGACGUCGCAACGUUUGGUGCAACGUGUUCACCGUGUUCGGCACAAUUCGUGAAGAAUUUGAACGCUAAGGAGCAUUCAAGACAGUAUCCAGUUGCAGCCGACGCAAUUAUCCGGAAGCACUACGUGGAUGACUACUUGGACAGCGCUGACGACGUUGACGAAGCGGUGAAGCUGGCACAUGAAAUCAAACUGGUCCACUCUCUCGGCGGAUUUCAUCUGCGGAACUGGCUUUCAAAUUCCACCGAGGUUCUCGCACGGGUCGGGGAGAGAGACCCAGUCACAGAAAAGUGUCUCCAGCUGGACAAGAACAGUUCAACCGAACGCGUGCUCGGGAUGUACUGGAAGCCGGUCGACGAUGUCUUCACGUUUACAACGACGCUAGCGGUGGGUGCGGAGCAUCCAACUAAGCGCCAGGCACUGCGAGUAGUGAUGAGCCCAUUCGAUCCGGCAGGAUUGUUGUGUUUUUUCCUCAUACACGGCAAGGUACUAAUCCAGGAGCUGUGGAGGGCGAAGACGACAUGGGAUCACCUAAUUCCGGAGGAGUUACUUGGGAAGUGGAUGCGGUGGACGAGUUUGUUCAAACAUCUGGACCAGAUUAGCAUUCCGCGUUGCUACUUUCCGCAACGUUCGGUGAAAGAUAUCUUGUCGCUGCAACUGCAUAUCUACGUGGAUGCUAGCGAAGAAGCUUAUGCGUGUGUCGCUUACUUUCGGGCGGUAUUUCCGGAUGGGAUUUCUGUUGCGUUAGUCGGUGGGAAAUCCAAGGUGGCUCCACUGAAGGCACACUCCAUCCCACGGUUGGAGUUGAUGGCAGCGGUAAUCGGAGUUCGCUUGAUGAAGACCAUCCUCACUGGGCACUCGCUCGUAGUCGAGAAGACAGUGUUAUGGUGUGACUCUAAGACGGUGCUGGCUUGGAUAAAUUCAGAUCAUCGAAGAUAUCGCCAGUUCGUAGCUUGCCGAGUAGGUGAGAUUUUGUCCAAGUCGGAGGCGAAGCAAUGGCGUUGGAUAUCAUCGAGAAAGAACGUCGCCGACGAUGCGACAAAGUGGGGAAAAGGGCCGUGUUUGUCCUCAGGCGGCCGUUGGUUCCGUGGUGACAACGAUUUAUAUUUGCCAGAAGAUCAAUGGACCGUAGAUGCAGAUUCAGUCGGCGCGACGACCGAUGAAGAGCUGAGGUCGUGUUUGGUGCACAAGGAGGUUAUCGUACCGCCACAACUUGUGAGGUGGGAGCGAUUCUCGAAACUGACGCAUUUGUAUCGAUCGGUAGCACAUGUUCAUCGCUACGUACAAAAUCUACGGCGAACGGUAAAACGAGAGACUCGACUGGACGGACCACUCACUCAAGAGGAAUUAGCAACAGCCGAAACCACAAUCUUUCGUUGGGUGCAGUGUGAGCAGUAUCCGGACGAGGUGGCGACUUUGUCAGUAAUGCGGGACAAGCAGCCAGGACAACAGGCGCGGCUGGAGAAAACCAGCAAAAUAUACAAACUGUCUCCGUACUUGGACGAAGCAGGUGUUAUUCGUUCUGAUGGAAGGAUAUCUGCUGCGACCGUCGCCGCGUUUGACACUAAGUUUCCAGUAAUAUUGCCGAAAGCCCAUCCAGUGACUAGACUGCUGGUUGAAUGGUACCACCAACGAUUUCUUCACGCCAAUGGCGAGACUGUCGUGAACGAAGUGAGACAGCGUUUCCACAUAUCGCAGCUGCGCCCGUUCGUGCGUAAGGUGGCUAAAGAGUGCGCCUUAUGUAAAGUCAAGAAGCCAAGUCUGGCGACACCCCGAAUGGCUCCACUCCCGGCGGCCAGGUUGCAGGCGUACGUACGUCCAUUUUCCUACGUAGGCGUCGACUAUUUCGGGCCGAUCGGCGUGCGGGUGAACCGAAAUAUUGCAAAACGAUGGGUAGCUCUGUUCACGUGUAUGACCACACGAGCAAUCCAUCUCGAAGUCGCUCACACACUUUCAACGGAAUCUUGCAAGAUGGCGAUCAGGCGUUUCAUCGGACGCAGAGGAGCACCUGUGGAGAUCCGCAGUGACAGGGGCACAAAUUUCGUGGGAUCGAGCAACGAACUUAAGCAGGAGAUGGGCAAAAUCGAGCGCCAGCUUGCCGAAACGUUCACCAACGCGAACACGAAAUGGGUGUUUAACCCACCUGGAUCACCUCACAUGGGUGGCGCCUGGGAGCGUCUAGUGCGGUCGGUGAAAACCGCUCUUACUGCAAUGGAGUCUUCUCGAACGCCGAACGAAGAAACGCUGGCAACGUUGCUAGUGGAAGCUGAGAGUGUGGUCAAUUCGAGACCGCUAACAUAUAUUCCUCUGGAGACGGCGCAACAGGAGGCUCUAACACCGAACCACUUUCUUCUAAUGAGCUCGAGCGGCGUAACGCAGACUCCGAAGACGCUUACGGAUCCAAGACAAGCCUGCAGGAACGACUGGAAUCUAUGCCGUACAAUGGUAGAUCAGUUUUGGCGCCGGUGGGUGCGGGAAUAUCUUCCUACCAUCGCACGUCGUACCAAGUGGUUUGAGGAGACGAAACCGAUCGAGGUAGGAGAUUCGGUGAUCAUCGUGGAGGAGAAGAUACGCAACGGAUGGAUUCGAGGACGUGUAGCCAAGGUUGUGGUGGGCCGAGAUGGGCGAGUUCGCGAUGCCGUGGUGCAGACUCCCGACGGAAUGGUGCAUCGACCUGUAGCAAAGCUGGCGCGGAUCGACAUAGAAAAGGUGGGGCUUCAGCCGGGAACAGCAGAAGGUAAAGCUGAACCGGAGAUAGCUAACCAGCCUUACGGGUCGGGGAGUGUUACG